AUGGCCGAUGUAUGCCAGUUCGCCUGGGUCAACAAGAAUGCUUCAAAUAUCGCAUCGAAGGAUCACAUUACUAUAGCAAAUUCCCAUGCACAAGUAGUCACUUGGAGUCAGAGACGACAACUUGCUGCGAAUUAUUCGAAGAGGUCAACCCAUAAGCGACUCGCUUGUUGCAAAUCAUCGCCACCAGCUGAGCAAAUCAAAGCAAUCAAUAAAGCACGCAAACAACGCCCUAAACCGCAGGUUUCUGUCUCGGCCGCAGUAAUACCAGGUAAUCCCGCCUGUGAUUCGAUAUUCGUCGAACAACUGGAUCCUUUCAUAUCACUAGCUGCAAAAACCACCCCUCAUGAGCGGAAUCUACUACACUAUUACCUAAUCGUCACCCCUGCUCGGGUUUAUGGAACUCACGAGUCAUCUCUAUUCUGUCCAGUACGAGACCGAACUCUCGUUUUCGUUCAGCGAUGCAACGACUGGCUUCAAGGCGUGAUCCUUUCUGCAGAGGUCGACAUCUUGGGUAGCAAAGCUGCAGAAGAAUCAAUGUCAGUCUUGUCUCGCAGAGCGUCAAUCUAUCGCUCCAUUCGAGAAGAGCUGAGCAAUCCCGAAACUCGCUAUUCUGAUGCGGCAAUCACGCGGAUUACAACGAUCGCUGUUGCUGAGCACAGAAUUGGCUGCUCACCUGCUGAUGCACAGAGACAUCUUGGGAUUGUUAAGCAAUUAAUAGUUGACCGGGGAGAUCGCUGGAAACGCAUGCCUAUCACUAUUGUUUCGACGUUCAUUUGGCUUGGAAGUGGAAUUGCUGCUUUUCCUGACCUGGAUUCCUUGGAGACUGCUACAUCUUCUUUCGCAAGGUCCAUGUCCUCAUUUUGUCGACAAAAGUCUUACCGAAGUGAGCUACGCCGAGAGGAUUCGGAACAUCACCAAGAUCAGAAUCUUUCCAGAACAUACGACCAGCUUCUCCAGCAAGUUUUCGGCCCAGAAUCUUCCUUGAGUACAUUCGCACAGGCAAACUUCCAUGAUCAAAUCAAAACACAUUAUCGAAGCUAUCUAGCAAUUAUCUGGGUUCUUAAUCGCAUACUGUACGACCUCCGCGACGACAUGGCAAAGAGUAUUCCAUUUCUGCGCCGACUAAAUAACCUCAUUGGAACUAGAGGCAAGACGAAACCCAAAGGUCUCACCGUACUGUUCAUCAUUAUGGACUGUUUGGCACGCAUGGGUGUGCCUCAGCAUGAGAUGGACAACAACGCUUCUGAUAUGAUCAUCUGUCGUGGUCCUGGUGAUCAUCGGAUCAUUUGGUGGUGGGAGGCCGUUGAUGUGGUGGAGAUUAUGCUACUCAUGAAGGAAGAAACGAGGCAACACAUCUUGGAAAUAUUGUCAGCCUCGCUUGCGGCACGUGGAAGUUACGGUGAGAUGAUGAAGGAAGCUUUCCUCGUGGAUAUGAUGGAUGGGGCCAGGCGCAGCUGGGUAGCUGGAAGGGGAUGA